CUACAAUUCAUUUUAAAUAAAUUAACACAAUUCCGUCCACAGACCGGGAGUGCUGAUCUUUUCUUUGAAAAUGGGGGGCUUUGCACUGAUUCUCCAGUAAACUAUAUUGGGGAAGUAUGCUCUUGCUGCACAGUACACACCUAAUCUAACUAACCAAUGUAAGGCAACUUCCUUACAUUGCAUAAUUAGCAAGAUUAGGAAGUAGAUUAUCAGUCUUGCAUGGGGCAUGUUAAUGUAGUUAUGUCUGCUCGAUCACCGACAUGGCUGUUCAUUUAAUCUUUCUUCUCUUCCUCACUGGACUCACAGGAAUUCACAGCAUAACUACAGUCAGUGAAGUGUCAGUGAAGGCUGGAAGUUCAAUCUCUAUCCCGUGUCUCUAUGGCGUACAAUACACAAACCAUGUGAAAUACUUAUGUAAAGGAUAUCAUUGGCACUCCUGCUCCUAUAUUGUCAAAACAAACCAACACAAUUCAGGAAGGUUUUGGAUCUCUGAUAACAAAACCCAAAGUAUCUUCACAGUGACUAUUCAUAAUCUGGCAGAUGAGGAUACUGAUUAUUGGUGUGCUGUGGAGAUUAAUGGAGGGGCAGAUAUCAAAGAGUAUUUUCACCUUUCUGUCACCAGAGAUACAUCACAUCUCUACGUGGAUCAACAGGAGAUUACAACGUUUAAUGGAAAUAAUAUAACUAUCAAUUGUUACUAUAUUAACACUGGAGAAAUGAAGUGGUGCAGGCUGGGCAGCUCCUGUGUGACGAGGUCGUCUGGAUCAAUAGAUGGAACAAAAGUGACCAUCAGUGGAGGGAUGUCCAGGGCUUUUACUGUGACUAUGAGUGGACUGAGGACAGAGAGCAGCAGCUGGUAUUGGUGUGCCAAAGGAGACUUACAGAUGCCAGUAUACGUAACUGUCAGAGAGAGACCAAUAGUACCUACCACUAGUAAAUACUACAAUUUUAUAACCACCGUUGCAACAACAAGCCAUUUAACCACCUUAUCACCUGAGACUGUCAGUGCUUCCGAUCUAAAGCACUUCCUCAUCCCUUUGAGUUUGCUGAUCUUCAUUGUAACGGUGCUCUUGCUCAUCUGGUUCAUGUUGAAAAGACACAAACAGACCAGAGCAGAUUCAUCCGCUACAAGAAAGGCACUGGACCUUGGGGGACAAGCCUCCAUUGCUACCCCCUCUCUCUGGAAAUCUCUCACUCAGGCAUUCAAAACCGCACUCAAAACCCACCUAUUUAAUUAAAUUGACUUUGUAAUCUUGUAAUUUGCUUCUCAUUAUUGUAGUUGUAUUGUUGUAUACUUGUAUGGCUGUACUGUUUCUA